CUUGCUCGUUGCCGUCUGUGGGUGUUCUGGGCGGAUGCGUGUUCUGCUUGCGGCCCUUCAUAUUGUUGUUUUCUGGGAGUUUGAGUGACGCUCCGUCGCAAUCUGGUUGCGGAAGUGAAGCGCUUUCGUUCGUUACCUGCCCAUCGGCAGGUGGCGUUUAGAUUUGUGGGACUACCAAUCGUCCGUGUCAACGUUACCAGAAUAGCGGACGCCGGACAGGAACCACCCGGCCGUUAUCGGGAGCAGGUGCUUCUCCCUGGCUUGAAGUCAGGUAUCCGUGUGGUGACAACACUGGUGAAGGGUAUUGUCACAAAUGGGGCUAUGGUCCAGCAAGGAUGAGAGCUCCGGCCUCCAGUCACAACCAGCUGACCAGAGUGAUCGAGCUCUAGGGUCCAGCAUUGAUGAGAGCUCCGACCACCAGUCACAACCAGCUGACCAGAGUGAUCCAGCUCUAGGGUCCAGCAUUGAUGAGAGCUCCGACCGCCAGUCACAACCAGCUGACCAGAGAGAGCCAGCUCUCAGGUCUAGCAAGGAUGAGAGCAUCGACCACCAGUCACAACCAGCUGACCAGAGGGAUCCAGCUCUGAGGUCCAGCAAGGAUGAGAGCUCCGACCGCCAGUCACAACCAGCUGAUCAGAGAGAGCCAGCUCUCUCUGAUGGUGCUGCAAUGGAAGCAGCGUCUGAAGAGGAGAGUAAGGACAAGUAUCUACCACCAGAUAUGGCUGAUGUGGACAGUGAUCACUACUACUCAACCAAUGCACCUCAUCCAGAUCUGGUGAGAGCAUGUGAAGAUGACGAUGUGGAACAAAUCCGACAAACCGUGAAUAUCGGCACUCCAACCGAACCUGUGAUUAGACCGGAUCUCUUGAAACAAGUGCCGGAGCCAUACUUUUACGUUUGGGAUGAUUCGAGAAUUCCCAUGACAAUCAUGGCUCUUCUGAUGCUGGCAGCAUGCUACUAUGGCAGCAUUCAUUGUGUCCAGUUUUUACUGUGGUGUGAUCCGUCGCUCUUGCACGGCAAAGUUAUGUUCAAUGUCUAUAAGCCACGACAGAACUGCAGCCCAGCAUCACUUCUACAAGUCUGCGCGGCCCAUGGACAUAAAGCACUGUGUGAGCUGCUGAUGAGAAAAGGCAUAGCAGUUAAUGUCCAGGAUAGGUGGGGUGGGACACCAUUCCACUUAGCAGCAUCCGGAGGUCAUGUGUCCGUACUAGAAUGUCUGUUGAAUGCUGGACAUCCUUUCGAAGCGAAAGAUUCGGAAGGUGACACACCAUUACAUGAUGCAGCAUAUUAUGGUCAUGUUUCUGUAGUAGAAUGUCUUCUCACUUCUGGACAUUCGUUGGAACCAAAGAAUAAUCGUCGUCGCACACCAUUACACUGGGCAGCAUCGCGUGGACAUGUUUCCGUAGCAGAAUAUCUACUUAAUUCUGGACAUUCGCUGGAGCCAAAGACUGAUCGUAAAAUGCUGUGGUGCACUCAGGAGUCCACCAUUUGGGGUCUGCUGGGCGGGUAA